AUGCCUUUAGUCUGGACGCUUCUCGGCACUUUGCCCCCCUCCAUUCACUUAUUUAAUGGAGACAGGGCGUCGACACUCGACUUCAGGGCAUACAAUGCAUACGUCGAACGCCAGCAAAAGCUGUUCAGUGAAUUGAGUUCGUCGGCAGUCUACCCUUACGACAUGUCAUCACUCGGAAAGGUGACAGAGCAGGUUCGAAGGCAUAAAGAACAGGACCAAGCCAUUUCUUACAUAUGCAAAUUAUCUGGGAAUAACGAUGUUGACGCUUGUCAGGAUGCUUUAAAUCUUGUGGCUCGACUUAUCCUGAUGACAGAAGUGGGCAGCUUAGAGAGAGCUUCCGGGUUCAUGCAUCAAACCGGUCCCCAGCCUCUACCGCUAUGGGACAAAGAUUCUCUAGACAGUCUAACUGAAAAAGUCUUCCCCAUAUCAAGUCAUCCGACCUGCACUGGAAUUGCAGUGACACCAGACUUAUCCGCUUGGAGUCUCGAGAACGUGGCUGGUAUUAAGAUUGAGUUCACCGACAACCUCGCCGAUCACUUACGUCUUACCAAUAACAAUACGCAAAUGUAUGUCUUUCACCACGUCGCAUUCCUUGAGGCCCAGAGACAUAGCAUAAACGCACAAGCUACUCUGCCUCAAGACCUAGCGGAAGAAACCCUCAGAACACUAGCAAUACUAUUUCCGCAAUCUGACCACUGGGCAGCAUUACGAUCCAACCGAAAGAAGCAAGUUUGGCUUGAUAGACUCUGCACGCACUCUAGCCGUGUGAUAGAUCCACAGCUAGCUUGGUGCGGGACUCCCAGCGGAGAGAGCAGAUAUCUCUCCAACUUUUGUUUCUGGAAAGAUCGAUUAGUAAUACUCAAGGAAGAGUUUGACCAUUCGACACCAGAUUCUUUCUCUCAGUGGUGGUAUGACCGACGGAAUGGAGUGCAAUGGCAUAACUUUUGGGUUGCGAUAGUUGUGUUGGGACUGACCGCUGUAUUUGGACUGAUACAGUGUAUUCUUGCUUCGAUCCAAGUUUACAAAGCAUAUCAUCCGUAG